AUUUACCAAAAAAUGUUUAUCUUGUAGUUGAAACUCUUACUUCUGAAAUUUGUAAAUUAAUUAUAUGUAAUAGAAAAUCUAAUUAUCAAAAAACAUUAGAAUGUCUAACUCAAGAAGUAUCAGAAUAUCAAACUCAAGAAGCGUCAGAAUAUCAAACUCAAAAAGCGUCAGAAUAUCAAAAUCAAGAAGCGUCAGAAUAUCAAACUCAAGAAGCAUUAGAAUAUCAAAUUAAAGAAAUAUCAAAAUGUCAAUUACAAGAAUAUUAUGAUUCUAUUAAUUAA